AUGAAGGUCUUCGCUGCAUUGGCUGUAACCGUGGGUGCUGCUUUGAGCAUCACAGCACAGCUGCCAUUUCCCGCCACCUCCAGCGGUGAUCGUCUCCUCACCUACAACGAGACGACGCCAUCCCCGCGCCUGCGGCCGAAGACGACUCAGAUUACGUGGACGUCGGCUGGCGGCAAAGACGGGCAGUACAUCUCCAGCAAUGACGAUGGCGACCUGGUGCGACAAGACAUUGUCUCGGGCAACUCGACUGUCUUCUUGAAAAAGAGCCAGAUUCCCGACGACAUGGAUGACUACUGGAUCAGCGCCGAUGAUCGCAUAGUCUUGUUCGCUAUCAAUGCUACAAAAGAGUACCGCUCCUCAGUUUUGGCCGAUUAUACCAUUCUCGAUACCGCCACCGGCAAAACUCGCCCGCUGGUCGAGGAUCAAGCUGGCGACAUUCAAUUUGCCCAGCUUUCGCCCGCAGGAGACUCUAUCGCGUUCAUUCGGGGCAACGAUGUGUACAUCCGCGAUGAAAAUGCCACCGUGCACCGCAUAACCACAGAUGGCGGCCCGGAUCAGUUCAACGGCGUCCCGGACUGGGUAUACCAGGAGGAGGUUCUUGGCGCUGCUUCAGCGUUUUGGUACUCCCCGGACGGCAAUUACAUUGCUUUCCUCAGCUUGAAUGAGACGGGCGUUGGUACCUACACAAUUCCCUACUUUAUGGAUAAGCAGAAGUUUGCGCCAUUGUACCCCAAAGAACUGAAGCUGAGAUACCCGAAAGUGGGCACGACGAAUCCUCGUGUUGGUCUUCACUUGCUGAAUGUCAAGACGCGGGAGCGCAAGGAUAUCCCCGUCGAUGCUUUCGGCGACGAGACAAUCAUUGGUGAGGUGGCAUGGGUCACCAAGACACACCAAAGGUUCAUCUACCGUGCAUUCAAUCGAGUGCAAGACCUGGACAAGCACAUUACUGUCGACAUCAAGACUGGCGAAACUAAAGUCGUCCGUGAGCGCGAUGGUACCGACGGCUGGUUCGAUAAUGAGCAGAAUAUUCGCUUCGCCGGCAGCUUGAAGGGCAGUUGCAACUCGACCUACUACGUGGACACCUCGGAUGAGUCUGGCUGGACACAUCUAUAUCUAUAUCCCGUCGAGGGUGGUAAAACUAUUCAACUGACGUCUGGCGAGUGGGACGUUCGAAGCAUCUCCAACGUCGACACGAAACGGAAACAGGUCGCGUUCCUGGCAUCCAAGCGCCAUAGCACCGAAUCGCACCUGUACAGUGUGUCUUGGGAGACUAUGAAGGUUACGCCGCUCGUUGAUGACUCGCAGCCUGCAUAUUACGGUGCAUCUUUCUCCACCGGUGGCGGUUACUACGUUCUGUCGUACCAGGGACCUGAGAUCCCGUACCAGCAGCUUGUGUCCGCCAACAGCACCACGCCGCUACGCACUCUCGAGAGCAACGAAGGCUACUACAAGAAGACUCAGCAGUACAAGCUACUCAAUACGACUUGGUUUGAGCUUCAAAAUCCGGAAGGUUUCUUGCUCAAUGUUCAGCAGACCCUCCCCGCCAAUUUUGACCCGAGCAGAAAGUACCCAGUGCUGUUCAAACCAUACGGGGGCCCUAACUCGCAAUCGGUCAUGAAACGCUACAUCGGUCUCGACUGGACCGCUUAUAUUGGGUCAGAUCCAGAGCUCGAGUAUAUAACCUACGUCGUCGACAACCGUGGAACUGCUGGCAAGGGCCGCAAGUUCCGGUGCUCCGUCGUCAAGCAGCUCGGUACCCUCGAGGCACAGGACCAGAUCUGGGUUGCCCGCGAGCUCGCAUCCCGCUUCUCCUACAUCAACGCCAACAAAAUUGGCAUGUGGGGAUGGUCAUUCGGCGGGUUUCUCACCUCUAAAGUCGUCGAGGCCAACUCUGGUGCUUUUACUUUUGGUCUCAUUACUGCGCCUGUGACGGACUGGCGCCUCUACGACUCUGUGUAUACGGAGCGCUACAUGAAAAGGCUGCAAGACAACGAGUCUGGCUACAACCACACAGCUGUCCGCAAUAUAGAUGGCUUUAGGAAUAUUGCGGGCGGCGUCGCCAUCAUGCAUGGCACUGGCGAUGACAAUGUACACUACCAGAACACUGCGGCCCUCGUCGACCUGCUCGUCGGGUCUAAGGUGCCGCCGACCAAGCUCAGGGUGAUGCCGUUUACCGAUAGCACGCACAGCAUCAGCUACAACAACGCGAGCACUUAUCUGUACAAGUUCUUGACGGCCCGGCUAUGGGAUGAGGUGCAGCGCAAGGAUAAAGGGCUGGUGCACCAGUGGAGUCGGCGAUGGCAGGCAUAA